ACUAGAAAGAAAACCGGGUGGGGGGAAUGAGAAUGAUAGUGUAGUCAGUAGUGUGUCUAUGUGCAAAAAAAGUCACUACACACGCAUCAAAUAUGCGCACGAACCACCAUCACUACUCUUCCGCUUCUUGUUAGUGUGCGCACUUGUUGCCUUGCGUGCGCCGGUAGCGCAAUACCCUACCCUACGCACCCCCACCACGCACCUCACUAACGACAGCACCACCAUCCUCCACCACCACCAUCACCCUUACAUAAAUCGCAGCAGAGCGCAGAUCUCGCGUUCUUCCAAUCGCUCACGCAUGUCGAAGGCGCGUGUCUACACCGACGUCAACGUUCUCCGCCCCAAAGAGUACUGGGACUAUGAGUCCCUCAACGUUCAGUGGGGUGAUCAAGAUGAUUAUGAGGUUGUAAGAAAAGUGGGAAGGGGGAAGUAUAGUGAGGUUUUUGAAGGCAUAAAUGUUAACAGCAACGAGCGGUGUAUAAUCAAGAUCCUCAAGCCUGUCAAGAAGAAGAAGAUUAAGAGAGAGAUAAAAAUACUUCAGAACCUCUGUGGGGGCCCAAAUAUUGUCAAGCUUCUUGAUAUUGUUAGAGAUCAACACUCUAAAACUCCUAGCUUAAUAUUUGAGUAUGUCAACAGUACAGAUUUUAAAGUUUUGUAUCCAACCUUGACUGAUUAUGACAUACGCUAUUACAUAUAUGAGCUUCUUAAGGCCUUGGACUACUGCCAUUCACAAGGCAUAAUGCAUAGAGACGUCAAGCCUCAUAAUGUUAUGAUAGAUCAUGAAUUACGAAAACUUCGAUUGAUAGAUUGGGGUCUUGCUGAAUUUUAUCAUCCUGGAAAGGAGUAUAAUGUUCGUGUGGCAUCAAGAUACUUUAAGGGCCCUGAACUUCUAGUUGAUUUGCAAGACUAUGACUACUCAUUAGACAUGUGGAGCCUUGGCUGCAUGUUUGCUGGAAUGAUAUUUCGGAAGGAGCCUUUCUUUUAUGGUCAUGACAAUCAUGAUCAGCUUGUCAAAAUAGCCAAGGUACUUGGGACUGAUGAAUUGAAUGCAUACCUGAAUAAGUAUCACCUGGAGCUUGAUCCUCAACUUGAUGCACUUGUUGGAAGGCACAGUCGCAAACCCUGGUCAAAAUUCAUCAAUGCAGAUAACCAGCAUCUUGUGUCUCCAGAGGCUAUUGAUUUUCUUGAUAAGCUCCUUCGGUAUGAUCACCAGGACAGGCUAACGGCAAGAGAAGCAAUGGCACAUCCAUAUUUCUCUCAGGUAAGAGCUGCAGAAAGUAGCAGAAUGCGGACACAGUAACUUCAUCAUAUUGAUCCAUGAACUUUUGUGGUUCAUACAUGUGGGACUGUUUUAUAGUACCCUAACAUGCAGCAUGGUUGCCUUGUGUUGAUUAUAGUUGGUUAGUUUUCUUGUGCAAUGUAACAAUAUCAAUAUGUUGUUUCUUUUGAAUAAUUUGAUAAUCGUUUAAAAUUGUAAUUCUAUAUUAAAGAAGUUUGUGAUUAUA